UUCUUUUGGGAGUGGGCAUUUUAUCAUCCGGCUCCAGAGGCAGCCUCCGACAGAGCCUGCAAACGCCUCCAAGCUCCGUCCCUCUUUCUGGUCGGAAAGGGCAGCAAAUCAAGUGUGCCGUUUUCCCCCAAAAUUCACAUCCUUUUUUAAAUUCGGGGAGACCGGUUACUGGUUCACUAGCCGAUCUUUUGCUGCAUCGGCGGCUGGACAAGCGAGGGGGUGAGCCGCACAUCCCGGGCUAGGUCUGCCCUGUAUGUGCGAUCCAAGGGCAUGCGACCCCGAAGCCUGGAGCCGAUGAAAAGUGGGGACCGCAGACAGAACUACAUGAUUCUCACUGUCACCAUUCUGGCUUUCUGUCUUCCACGUCCUGGGAAUGCACAGCAACAGUGCACGAACGGUUUUGACCUGGACCGCCCGUCGGGACAGUGCAUAGAUAUCGAUGAAUGCCGGACCAUCCCCGAGGCCUGCCGAGGAGACAUGAUGUGUGUGAACCAAAACGGCGGGUACCUGUGCAUCCCCCGGACAAACCCAGUGUAUCGGGGGCCCUACUCGAACCCCUACUCCACCUCCUACUCAGGUCCAUACCCAGCAGCUGCCCCUCCGCUCCCGGCUCCAAACUACCCCACGAUUUCCAGGCCUCUCAUCUGCCGCUUCGGAUUCCAGAUGGAUGAAGGCAACCAGUGUGUGG